AUGGCAUCGCAGCGGCAGCUCCAGGCAGCGCGGCCGCCGGCGCCGGAGCAGGCCGAGUGGCGGCGGCGCUUCGACGCCCGGUGGGGGCUGAGCCGCCGCGGCAUCCCGCUGCCCGCCGACGGCGACUGGAGGGCGCGCUGCGCGCUGAAGCCCUUCGAGAGGAACCUGCUGCGCAACCCCAACCCCGAAGGUGUGAACAUUUCUGAGCCAGCUCCGCCGUGCCCACCUGAUGCACCUUGCCAAGCGCUGGACUACGCCGGGCUUUUUGAGUACUGGGAGGUCAGCAUCGAGCCGCUGCCUGCAACCUGCAGGGAGGUUCCCGCAGGGACUGAUUCCCUGAGCCACAGCUGGUGCGUCAAGCAGCAGUGCGUGGACCUGCUGGCUGAAGGCCUCUGGGCGGAGUUGCUGGACCUCUACCAGCCCAGCAUCACUGUCCUGGACUGGUAUGAGGACAGCAAGCUAGCCGGCUCCGUGUACGAGCUUCACGUCCAGCUCUUGGGCACCGAUCGGGCCACGGCGAUUGGCGAAUUUCACUACGUGGCACGGGAAGGAGAGGCAGGCGGGGAGAACAAGGGCUGGCAUAAUGUCUCCCAUGUCUUCCAACGCUACGGCCCGGGCGUGCGUCACGUCCGCUUCCUCCACAAGACCAGGGACGCCGAGACCCUGGCCGGCCUCCUCCGCACGCGAGCCACGGACAGCAGCGUCUCGGUGCAGCUGCGGGACUGA